AUGAGUGCCCAAAAAGCUCCAAAGUGGUAUCCAUCCGAAGACGUUCCUGCCCAAAAGCAAACCAGAAAGACCAACAGAACACAAAAGUUGCGUGCUUCUUUGGUCCCAGGUACUGUUUUGAUCUUGUUGGCAGGUCGUUUCAGAGGUAAGAGAGUUGUCUACUUGAAGCAAUUGGAAGACAACACUUUGUUGGUCACUGGUCCAUUCAAGGCUAACGGUGUUCCAUUGAGAAGAGUUAACGCCAGAUAUGUCAUUGCUACCUCUACUAAGGUUUCGCUAGACGAUGUUAAUGUUGAAAAGUUCAAUGUCGAGUACUUUGCCAGAGAAAAGCUAACCAGAAAGCAAAAGGCUGAGGCUAACUUCUUCAGUGAACAACAAGAAAAGAAGGAGGUUAAGGCUGAACGUGUUGAAGACCAAAAGGUUGUUGACAAGGCUUUGUUGGCUCAAAUUAAGAAAACCCCAUUGUUGAAGCAAUACUUGGCAGCUUCCUUCUCAUUGAAGAACGGUGAAAAGCCACACUUAUUGAAAUUCUAA